AUGGAUACAAAUAAUCUACCAUGCCAGUAAAGUAAUGGAGCUCUAAUUGUUUUAAAUUCUGGUUACUAGUUGGAUUUUCCUAAAAAUCUAUUAAGUUUGAAUAAUAACUACAAUAUUUAUGCUAUUGCUACAAGAAAUUCUGAUUUUACAAAUACUUAAAAGGCUGGCAUAAGCAUAUAAACUAUAUCUGCUCAGUUACUUUAUACUAUUUAAAAUCAGUAAUAUCCCAGCUCUAUAACUGUUUCUUAUCAAGAUAUAAUUUCAGUGUAUCUAGGUUAUACUUUGAAUAAUACACUUAUUAACUAUACAGUCAGAAUAUUUAAAGAUAAAUACACAAUGAGGAGUAUAUAUUCCAAUUCAAGUGCUAUUUCAUUUAGUAUCUAAGAUUACUUUCCCAAUCUAAGCUUUUCAAUUAAUUCAAUAACUGACUUAACUGUGCAAUUCUAAGCUACGGAUACAUACUAUUAGUCUACAAUUGCUUCUACUACUCAACUAGAUGUUAAAUACGUAAUCCACCCUAGUAAUGCAGUCUGGGAUUCAGUGGUUCAAAUAGUUUUAAUGGAUUCAAAUACUUAAUUACAGUUUUUACUAUUAACUGCUAAUUUGAUUCUUAAUAUUAACCAUACACAUACCAAUACUUCUAUUACUAAAAUAAUACUCAACUAUAAUAAGAGAUUUAAAAUCCUUAAAUAAUAAAUAGACAAGAAUUAAGCUUAGUUUAAAGUAAUUCUUAAAUCAUAACAUAUUUCCUCCAGGUAAUAUUACAAUAAUGGUGGUUGUGCAAGGCUAAUACUCAGUUCAAGCAAAUUUUACUUAAUAUGUAUAAGUUAAUGA